AUGGCCUAUUUUGAAGCUCAAACACUAUUGACGACCUGGACCGACGAGCUCGAGUAUCUGGGUUAUAUUCUUUGUGAAUUGAUCGAUACGCAUAGCUUGGAUACAACAGGGUACCGAUAUCAUCAGGCAGCUGAUCUGCCGACUUUCAUUGACAUCAUUCGUAUCCAAGUGGAGGAGCCAGAUGGGAGUCUCGUCAACCUAAUGAGCGAAGACGAACUGAAGACUUUCCGCGGGUUGAUGAGCAAAGCGAAGAGAAUCCGAAAUAAUAUGGCGCACCAUAUGACUCAGAAUGAGGACAGAUUAAACGAUCUCGGAAACACCAAACAGGCAUUUAGCGACAUGCUUGAGUACGCUAUCAGAAGUGUCGCCUCGGACCGGGAAAUAGAUCAGGUCGCUUGGUGUCCGUAUCAUCAUAUUUGCAAAGCUUAUAUAGAAGCAAAUAAGCCACCGACAGUCAUGAUUCCGCUAAAUGGAGACCCUCUACUCUCCAUUCGUGAAAAAAUCCUUCGUGAUCAUGACAGCCAACAGAUGCGACUGCUCUACAAACGUCCAAAGCGCAAGGCAACUGAAGAAGGCCGGCAAAAGCAGAAAGAUGAUCAUGAAGCUGCCCUCAUAAGAAAACAGCAAAGGAAGGAGCGAGACAUCGCCCUGCGGUCCAGUCAUGUUGCUGAGAAAUGUCGCAGGUUAGAGCAAAGAUUCAAAGAGUUACAAGAGCUGAAUCGCGCUCAAAUGAAAGAUAUUAAGAUGAGAGUGCGAGAAGAAGAGCAAAGAGUCAAAGAGUCACAAGAGCUGGGUCGCGCUCAAAUUAUAAAUAUCGAAACGCGGAUGAGAGAAGAACAAAAGAUGUUUAAUUGGCAGCGAGCCGAGAUUCUCAAAGACGGUGUUCUGCAUUCAUCUCCUGACCCGAAACCGUUGUUGAUUGCAAUCUUUGUCACAAUCAGCUCACCAUUUUGGAUUGUGGGUCUGGUAAUGUACAAUUUAUAUAACAGAGGUCCUGAUCACUCUAGCGACGCAUAA